GGAGCUGGAUGUCCACAAGAUCCUACUAGAGGGCAGAGAGCGGCGUAUUGUAUUUAGAGGUAGAAGCUGGACACUGAAGAAAGGCAAUCAUAAGAGGACUCUCCACAUCGGAAAAUUCAAGCUCUAGAGAAAGCAACAACCUAUCACAUAAUAUGGGGUGCACAAUAUUUGGCUAUCUUUUGGACUGUUAUUUGGCAUCAAUUCUGAUUGGAUCUCAGCUGUGGAGCAAGCUCACAGAUAAAGCUACUAUCUCCUCUACAAGGCUGGUGGAUGGGGAGGAGGUGACAUUGACCUGUACAAGUCCUGGUAGAUGUCGGCAUAUAAGACCACAGAUUACAUGGGAAGGACCCAUUACUGAUAUAAGACAGAAGAUGUAUGAUGUCACCUAUGGAGAUGGCAGCAGAACCUUCCAUUCCAAUAUCACAUUCACCCCAAGAAAGUCACACAACAAUUCUGCAUUAUUCUGUAAAGUGACCUUCAAAUCAAACUUGACCACAGUGCAGAAGAGGACAAUGAAUGUUGUAUGGUCAGAGUUACAAUUUAUCGCUGUGAUGGGGGCUGCAGUUGGCGGAUUUCUUUUAUUCAUGCUCAUUUUGAUAGGAGCUUUCUUAAUUAAACACUUCAGAAAGACAAGACAUAAAAAUAUUAAAGAAAACUUGAAAAAUAGUGAAACGCCAGAAGACACUGUACCAGAAGAUGUUCAGUUCACUGCAGAAGAGGAUUCCAUGGAUAUGAUUACUGGUGAUAUGCAGUAUGCAAGCAUUGACUUCUCCAAGUUGAAGCCUAAGGAGGAUGUCAACGAAAACAUGGAAACAGAAUACUCUGAAAUAAAGAAAACACAACAAGAUGAAUAAGUCUUCUCCAUAUUAGUCUUUCUCCUCUCCAAAGCCUCUUCAGUGAAGCAGCUAGGCUCAUUUAUGUGCCCCAUCUCUACACCAAGGCCUCCACUCUGUGCCAGUCACUGCACUGAUGCCUCCUAUCUGGUACAAUGGUUGCCUAUUCACUAUAGAAAACUUCUUACAUAUCACUUUGGUCCACAAAGCUCUCCCUAUUGCAGGAUGUGCUACAUCUCCUCCCUCAUCUCUGUCUACCACCCUACCCGUGGUCUAUGUUCUGCCAACCGUGUAGGGCUUAAUAUGCUCCAUAACCGUCUUUUCCACUCCCAUCUUUAUGACUUCUCCCAUGCAUUUCCACUUCUCUGUAAGUCCCCUGCAUCAGGUUAAUAGCCAACAUGCACACAUUUCAGUGAGACAUAACAACUCUUCCUUUUAACUAGACCCAUCACAAUUUUAUAUUAACUCAUGCCCUAUAAUCACUAGUAAUGCAACAGCGGCAUAGGCAAUAUUCAUUUUCGCGAUAUUUUGCAAAUUUUUAGCAUAAUAUUCGCAA